AAGCGCGGCUUCGUUGCCUUUUCGCAAGACGGCGGUUCUGGGGGCGUCGUACUGCCUUCCCGCUUCGCUCUGAGUGCGACGUCAUCAGGAGCCGUCGCCGGUCCUCGUUGCCAUGGCAACCACCUCCGCUGGGCCUACCUAGGCGCGGAUGAUUAGGAGCCGUUUCUCGGGAUGUUCGGGGACUCCGUGGCGAGCGGAGUUGAUGUGGAGUCGGUGUGGAGAAGGGACCAGGGGGCUCGCUGCGAGGAGAAAAGCACCCAGACAAGAUUAAUCUCCACAGCCGAAGCUGUAACCCAGUCCUGUUGCUGCCGAGAUGCUGGCGUACAGACAGACAGCGAGAGAGAGCAGGGCCGAGGACUGACUACUCUUCCAUCCCCUGUGCUUGUGGAUUAUGCUAGCCUGCGUUCCUUUCUGCAGAGUGUGGAAGAAGCUGUCAUCAGGGAGCUUGACAAAAACUGGAAAAGCCAUGCCUUCGAUGGCUUUGAGGUGAACUGGGCAGAUCAGAAUGAAACGGUCUCUUGCUUGCAUAGUCUGUCGUAUCCUGAAGCACAAGAGCGCAAGCUGCAAGUCACCAGCGUCUCCUGGAACGCCACUGGGGCAGUUGUUGCAUGUUCGUACGGCAGACUGGAUGAUGGGGAUUGGAGCACGGAAAAAUCCUACGUCUGCACCUGGAAUCUUGACCGCAGAGCGCUAGACCCCAAACAUCCGGAUCUAGUGGUGGAAGUUCCCAGUUCCGUUAUGUGUUUGGCUUUCCAUCCACUGCAGCCUUCGCUCAUAGCUGGAGGCCUUUUCAGUGGGGAGGUCCUAGUGUGGGACACCAGCAGACAAGAAGACCCCUUGGUCUGGAGGACAGGAAUGACUGAUGACACCCACACCGAUCCAAUUUAUCAGGUUGGUUGGCUCCAAGGCUCAAAACAUGGCCACCCUUUCCGCAUUCUGAGCGUAUCGACCGAUGGGAAGAUCCUGGUGUGGCAGGAGGAGAGGGACGGCAUCCUCAAGCCUGCAGAUGGCUUUGCCUUGGCGUUGCAGCAGAUUCCCAGGAGCACAAAACUGAAGAAGCAUCCACGAGGAGACAUCGCAGUGGGUGUGACCUCUCUCUCCUUCUCCCACUUUGAGCCCAGUGUGUUCGUCGUUGGCACCGAAGGUGGCUAUUUGUUGAAAUGCUCUACUGCAGCGGAGGCCGUUGCUCUCCUGCAGAAAGGCAGCUCUAUCCCACUUAAGGCACCUGCACAGUUUGUCUUCUCCCCCCACGGAGGUCCCGUCUACUGUGUAAGCUGCUCACCUUUCCACAGGAAUCUGUUUUUGAGUGGAGGGACCGAUGGGCACGUUCAUUUGCACUCCAUGUUACAAGCUCAGCCCCUUGUUUCCCUUCAGUUAUCGAAGAAAUAUAUUUUCAGUGUGAGAUGGUCUCCAAUACGACCCUUGGUUUUUGCAGCUGCUUCUGGUGAAGGAGAAGUGCAGCUGUUUGACUUUGGAAAGAGCUCUCAGAAGCCAUCCAUUUUGAUCAAACAGACCUCGGACCAUACCCCUGUGUACUGCUUGGAGUUCAACCACAGACAGGCUCAGCUUCUUGCUGCUGGAGAUGGGAGUGGAAUGGUGAAGAUAUGGCAGUUAAGUUCAGACUUCACAGAAGAGGGACCACGGGAAAUGAACCAUCUUGACCAACUAGCAAAUGAAGUCACAGAUUAAUAGGGACCACAAUAAAAACCUUGAUGUAUUGAUCUCA